GUGAAAUUAGGAGGUUGGGGUGCGGUCGAGGAUUUGGCGAACGUUGCUGGCGUUUGUGAAGUAAAUAUUUCGGCCAUUUUCAAUUUAAAAUCUAGAAUGAUUAAUUUGAAUUGAACGAGUUAGAAAUAAGAGAAAAUUGCUUUUGUUUUAGUCAAAUAUCCGAAUUUCUUUGUCUUUUCAGCUUACUGGCCUUAUCAUCUUAAAUUCUUAAUUAUUAGAAAGUUAAUAAAAGUUGACAAUUUUUUUUAAAUUCUUAUUUGGUAAAAGUCAACUUUCUCAAAUUAUAAGAAUUCGUUUCUGCAUAAUAUAAUAACAAAAUAAUAAAAAAAUUACAAUUAUCAUGAUAAUAUUAUAAUUGAAUCAAAUUUAUUAUUUGUGAAAAAAUUCUGUACUGUACAUUAGUAUACUUUUAUAGUCUUGUGAUAUUUUGAACUGCUUAUAAAAGAUUACAUUACAACAUUAUUACUGCUAUCACUUGAAUAUAAUGUCUGUAGACAUCAUGAAGAUGAUGAAGACAAAUUUCAACAACAACAUCAACUUCAACACUUGCUUCACCAACAAAAACAUUAUCAACAACAACAACAACAUUAGAAGGAAAAGACUUCCAAGAUAUGGCAUUAAGAAGUUUUCAGAUAUAUACCAGGCCACUGAGGAAUACCUAGGGGAAGGCGCCUGUGGUACUGUGCGUACGUACUAUUCUCUUGAAAAACAACAAGAAUUUGCUGUUAAGAUUAUAAAAUGUUCCCACAACGUAACUCGAAACAAAGUCUUGAAGGAGAUAGAAAUACUUCAUCACUGCAAGGGCCAGGAGAACAUCGUCACACUGCAAGAAUAUUUUGAAGAAGAUAAUAACAAUGUUAAAUGGUUUUGUGACAUAUGCAUCAAGACUACACCAAAUGUCAAGUUGUUGUCCAAAGCAAAUGAAUUGUCAAAAAAAAUUGAUAAAUUGAAUGACUUGAACAUUGCAAUAAAGUCAGAUAUGGAAAUUAUAAAAACUGCCAUUAAUUCAAGCGAGGCCAUGUUAAAUAAACUUGGUGGUUCGGAGUCAGAUUUGAAUGACAAGAUGCAGUCAUUAAAACAUGAUAUAAAGUCAACUUUUGCUUCGGUUUUUAGUCAAGAAGUCAAAAAGAACGUUGACGUUCUUAAUGCCGAAGUUAAAAAUGUGCACAAAACUUUGAUUGAAGCGUCCGAUGUGAAAGAUAGAGAAACAAAUAUAAUGUUAUUUCGACUGCCGGAAGGUGUCAACGAUAAAGAGCGAGUUUUCAAAAUUUUGAACCAUUUAACGGAUGACGCCAUGUCUGAUAAAAAUGUUCUAAAAAUUGUGAGAUUGGGUAAAAAAACUGAUGGCACGUCGAGACCUUUGCUUAUCAAGUUGGACAAUAUCGCUGUUAAAAAUCAAAUUAUAAAACGCACUUUUAAAUUAAGUUCUCUGGUUGAUCAAUUUGGUCGAAUUGGCAUUAGUCAUGACUUGACUAAAGAACAGAGAGGUGAAUUGAAAAUUUUGCUAGAUGAUGCUAAGAUGCAGGAAGCUGCUAAUAAAGAUUUUUUAUUCAAGGUGAUUUCAACGUUCACAUUGAAAGGACUAACGAUCCACAUGCCUUUAGGCUAA